GACUACCCGCUCGUGCGCGUGCGCGCGUUUGGGUGGGUCCGGGCUGUCGCGGGAAGGCCGGCUGGCAGCAGGAGAAGAAGACCGACAAGUUGAAGGAGCAGGAGAAGGCGGUCUGGAAAAGUGGAGGAAAAGUCUUUCCGUGAGGAGCGAAGAAGGAAAGAAAUGGAGGCCCCAGAACUCCCGAAGGAAUUGUUUGAGAGUGUGCAGGAGGCGGUGGGGCGGCGCCUCAAGUUGGCGCUGAGGUGCCAGGUCCAGCUGGAGGUCAAAAGUGCAAAGGUGGACAACAAAGUGCUGGCCUUGGCAUCAGAUCGAGCCUUCUUGUUGUCGGCGCGCAUCCCUCCCAAGGUCGAGCACUCCUUCAGCUACCUGGACAUCCAGCGUCUCCACAGCAACAAGCUCACGCAGGUGCUGUUGGAGUGCCAGCGUGGGCCAUGUACGCUGUGGUUUAGUUCCCAGAAGGACAGCGACCAGGUCAUCACCCACGUAGGUUGCCGUCUCAAGCGGAUCUGCCCGGACAUGAGUCUGCUGAAGAAGUUUCACGUGACGCCCCCCGAGCGAUCGGAUGCCCUCCGGGCGGUCUGGGAGCAGCAGGGUCCUCUGGACCAGGGGCCUUGCGGAGGAUUCUCCGAUCAGUACCGGGCCGUCUGCGACAACCUAAACCUGGCCUACAGGGAGGAGGUCCAGUGGGACGUGGACACCAUCUACCUGAGUCAGGACACCACAGAACUCAACCUGCAAGACUUCAGUCACCUGGACAGCAGGGAUCUUGUGGCCAUUGUUGGCACUCUGGAGUACAACAAGUGGUUCACCAAGCUGGUCGCUAGAGACUGCAAACUGUCUACAGACGUGUGCGAGCAGAUUCUGCACGUGAUGUCCCGAUCCAAUUGUUUGGAGGAGCUGGUCCUGGACAAAGCCGGCCUCAGAAGUGAUUUUGCCCACAAACUGUCCUUGGCACUGUGUCAUAACCCCGCUUCCACGCUGUGCAGCCUCAACCUGAGCAACAACUCGCUAGACGAAAAAGGCGUAUGCGCUCUGAGCGCUCAGCUGGGCAAACUUGCGAAGGGUCUGAAGCAACUGAACCUCAGCAGGACCUCGCUGUCCCCCAAAGGCGCGAACUUCCUGUGUCAGGCGCUGUGCGCGAAUCCCGGCACGGCCGCCACCCUCACGCGCCUCCGGUUGUCCGGAAACUCACUCAGAGGAGACGAGCUGCAGAACUUACACAACUUCCUGAGUCAGGACAACUGCUUAGAAGUUCUGGAUUUGUCCUGCACUGACUGCUCACUGGAGCAGACAUCAGCGUCUCUUCUCAAAGGAUGUUUAAAGCGUCUCCGUGUCCUGAACAUGUCAAAGACGCCCUUUUCGCACAGGAAGAGCAGGGAGGUUCCUGCGUCCUUCAAGCAGUUCUUCAGCCUGUCCCGGGCUCUGAGCUCCGUCAACGUGUCCGGAUGCAGACUUCCCGCCGAGGCCCUCAAGGCGCUGCUGCUGGGACUGGGCUGCAACCCCAAUCUGAGCGACGUGUCUCUGGACCUGAGCGGCUGUGAGCUGCGCUCGGCGGGCUCUCAGAUCCUGGAGGGCUGCAUCGCAGAGAUCCCCAACAUCUCCAGUCUGGACAUCUCCGACAACGGUCUGGACGGGGACCUGAGCACCCUGCUGGUAUGGCUGGCCAAGAACCGCUCGUUUCGCCACCUUUCGUUGGGCAGAAACUUCCAGAAUAUCAAGUCCAAGAACGUGGCUCCGGUCCUGGACGACCUGGUCCGUAUGAUUCAAGAGGAGGAGUCACCGCUGACCUCGCUGUCGCUGGCUGACUCCAAGCUGAAGGGUGACCUGGCCAUCGUCCUCAACGCCCUGGGAAGCAAUACCUCGCUCACAAAGCUGGACAUCAGAGGGAACGCCAUGGGCGACAUGGGCGCCAAAAUGCUGGCCAAGGCCCUGCAGAUCAACACCAAGCUCAGGACGCUUUUCUGGGACAGGAACAAUGUCAGCCCCCAGGGUCUAGAGGAAGUGGCGUCCGCGUUGGAGAAGAAUUUCACCAUGCGCUUCAUGCCAGUUCCCAUCAUGGACGCCGCCCAGGCACUCAAGACCAACUCGGAAAAGACAGAAGACGCGCUCCUGAAGAUGGAGCACUUCCUGCUGAGGAACCACGAGACUCGGAAGUACCUCCAGGAGCAGGCGUACCGGCUGCAGCAGGGCAUCGUCACCAGCACCACGCAGCAGCUGAUGGACACCAUGUGUGUGAAGGUUCAGGAUCACCUGAACUCGCUCAUGUUCUCCCAGAACUACACAGUCCAGGAGGAUAUGAAGAUGGCAGAAAACCUGAUGACAGACGCGAGGAACUCCAAGACUCUGCUCCCCAACCUCUACCACCUGGGGGGCGACGGUCUACGUGGGGCCAUUCAGGACAAACUGGAGUCCGUGGCGGGGGAGGUCGCGGCCGUGAUGGAUGAGCAGCUGGAGACAAUGCUCGCGUCCAUGUUGGAAGCGGCCUCUGGUUUAUGUCCUCAUGUGAUGAAGAUGAGCGGCCUUGUGCCAGAUCUGCUGCGGGCGGGCGCGGUGAAGAUGAGCGUCCCUCGCAGUUUCAUCACCAAGACGCUCCUGGAGCAGACGGGCGUGGACAUCCUCAACAAGAUCAGUGAGCUGAAACUCAGCGUGGCGUCCUUGAUCUCCGAUCGUAUCGUGGACCAGAUCCUGGACUCUUUGUCCACGUGGCGCCACACGCUGGCCGACCACGUGACCGGGCAGGGCCAACCCGCGCUACGUCUGGAAUCUCAGACGGAAACGGAAGUUCUGGACGAGACGGUCCUUCAUCCGGGGGAUCGUGAUGGGGAAAGCCGAGUGGAUGCUUCUGUGAUGACGGCCAAGUCCAAGCGGAAGAGCAUUCUGGUGCGGAUGCUGCGACCAGUCUCGGUGGCUUUUGAGAUGGAGUUUGACCUGGACAAGGCUCUUCAGGAGGUGCCAGUCCAUGAGGUGGUCCCGCCGCCCUCAUGCCCGCCAGACCUUGUGCAGGCCAGCUUUCCGCCUCUGGGGUCACCGCCUCCCCUGCAGCAUCACACUAAAGUGCGGCCCAAAGCCAGGAGACGGAACAAACCCAGCAGAGUCACACGUGAGGCACCGGUGGGCUUGGAGCAUCAGGCCAUGAUAGGAAAGGUGGACGAGGGCAUGGAUGAGUUCUUCUCCAAGAAAGUCCUGAAAGUCAGCUUGAAACGCCCCGCCGCACAAGCAACGCCGUCAAACACGCACGAGUUGGCCGACAAGAAGCGGGACUCCAGGAGGAGCGGCUUCUUCAACCUUAUCAAAGUUCGGACAUCCCGCUCGGAGAAGAGCCAGGGGGGAACCCAAGAGUCCGCAACUGUCGGGCCACCCAGGCCCGCGUUCCCCGACCUCACGCAGUCGCCCAUAUCCCCUGCCCUUGCGCCGCCUACACCCUCUGUCGGCAAGGAGUCCCCGCCCGCAUCCCCGUCUUCGACACCCCAGCAGUCCCUGAGGUUGCCGCCCCAGAACGACGACGGUUCUGUCACGAACCUGUCGGGGCCUUCUGCCGGAGCGGCCCAGGAGAAGGACAGUCCCGUGGUUCCGAGGCAUGUGGGCAUUCCCGUCAUGGGCGCCGACCUUCUGGCGGAGAUGAAGGCACGGCAGGAGAAAAUGGCCGCUCAAAAGUCGGAGUCUUUGAAGGAAGAUGACCACAUGGCCAAUCAAACGGUCCCUCCCAAUGCAGACACAGACCAGCCCAGACCAGAGGCCACCCCGAGGUCCAAAGCCUCCGCCGUCACCCCGAAGUCACCGCACCCUCCUCAAGUCCCCGAAUCCCCGCACAACUCCGGCACCCCCGGUCCGCCCGGUCCCUUGGGCCCCAGCACCACCGUUGUGCUGUGCAAUUCGACGACGGGGGCCGUCAAAGCUCGCCCGAGGAGGUCGCCGUCCGAACACGAGCCGAAGCAAAGUCAGGAACGCAGAGUGAUCAACGCCAAUGGAGACGUCAAGCAGGUGGCGCUGGCUCAAGAAGAGCACGAUGAGCCUGCACACAUCAAAGAGGAGGAAGCGGAGAAACAAGACCCCACCGCUUUUUCCGUCAACGGAGAAGCCGACCAUGACGAGGACGACACGGAAAAAGAAGAGCAAGCGGAGUCUCCGCCGCGUCUCCGGGAAAGGUCGCGGGCGGCGGCCGGCGAUCGAUCGGCCUGCUCCGAGUGCGGCAAAAUCUUCCUGAACGCCUUCCGUCUGAAGCGGCACCAGAAGACGCACUCUGCGGAGAAACCCUACGUGUGCUCCGUGUGCGGCAAGCGCUCGCGGCAGAAGGGCGACCUCGUCAAGCACAUGCGCACGCACACGGGCGAGAAACCGUUCGUGUGCACGGUGUGUGGCAGCGGCUUCAUCCACAGCCAAGCCCUGGCGCAGCACGCCCGCACGCACACGCACGAGCGACCCUUCGCCUGCUCCGUGUGCGGCGAGACCUUCGCCCGCAGCGACUACCUAAAGACGCACAUGCGGCGGCACACGGGCGAGAAGCCCUUCGCCUGCGCCUUCUGCGGCCGCCGCUUCCGCCAGCGCGUCAACAUGACGUCGCACAUGCGCGUGCACACGGGACUCAAGCCCUACUCGUGCUCCGUGUGCGACAAAACCUUCUCGGUCAAGGGCAACGUGCGCAUACACAUGCGCACGCACACCGGAGAGAAACCUUUCAACUGCGCCGUUUGUCGCAAGGGCUUCACGCAGAAGGUCAAUCUGCUGAGCCACAAGUGCGGCGGCGGGGGGGCGGCGUUGCCGGCAGUGGCGUCUCCAUAGCAUUGAGCUGCAUGAAUAAAUGCAUCUUGAGGAACAACGUGCAAAAUGAUGGUACCAAACGCUAUAAGGACUCUCAACAAUGUGAAUGCUCGGUUAGGGUCGGAUUAAAGAACACAGCAGGGCCCCCCUACGCGGCCUCCAGACAGGCCGUACUUUUGCCACCCCUACCUUUCGUCUUCUUCAAGUGAAUGUACGUGACGCGUCUUAUUCUUCUUAGUCGUUGGCAGCCAACAAGCUGCUAGAAGCUUCUUCUGUAAUAGGUGCCAUUUUUUUUCUUCUGCUGUGAAAUCUCCCCCCCCCCCCUUUCUUGUUCUUGUGUCUGUCAAAGAUGAAUAAAAGCUUUAAAUGUAAAAAUGA